GCGCGAAGAUCCAUUAAUGCUAGCUAGGGGAUCAGUUCCGAUCGAAACAGCUACUGAAGAGCUCAGUGCUCUCGUGUCUAUAGUUAGCUACCACGCUGUUAUUGAGUGUAGUUCCUCAACGUUCAGAUGGCGACUACUGCUAAGAAAUUUGUUGGGGUUGCCAUUUUUGACUUCUCAGAUGACGGCCUGACGGCACUGAAGUGGGCACAUGAGUAUCUAAAACUGCCUGAGUGCAAGCUGGGCAUUAUUCUCAUCAAACGGGUGGAGAACCAAACUCCACGCGAGAAGACAGAUCAACCACUUGAUAGCUGGGACAUAAUAGAGGGCUCAAUACUGAGCGCUGAGCGUGAAGAUAGGGCUGAAAAGUUUCAAAAAUACGCAGGGAGCUUUCGAAAGAACAUUUUUGCCAAAAUCUACGAGGGAGAACAUAUUCAGGAAACUCUGCAAUACGCUAUCGAUAACUUGCUUGGCCUCGACACGCUAAUCCUCGGAUGUGCAGGAGCAGAUGGACAAGGGUCUCACAGUAUACCGCAAAUUAAUUUGCAGUUGUCCGGAUGCUCUAUGGUGCUCGCAAAGAUAGAUCCUGGUGCCAAGAGGGCGCUCUCACUCUCCGCGCCCGCGGCGCCUUCCCAGCCACCCACGCAGGUCACGGAAGGGACGAGCAGUGACUCCACGGCUAACAAUCCGCGUCCCGAGAACACCGCCGGUGCCAAUUAAAAAGGAUCCAGCCCAUCGUAGCUGUGUGCCGUUGCUUGCGAGUGUGCCCCUGCUGUUUUCCAUUGUGGUUGGUGAUCUGCCGUUUGAUUCGCUGAGAGUGCUUGUGGUGUGCUUUGUGUUUCAUGUUUGUUGACCGGCUGGUGCUGCGUUAUGUGUGUUCCAGCCUAUCUGUGUUGUCGGUUGUAGUGUUUCUCUGCUAAGUGAGUGUCGGUAUUGCGUUUUGUUGCUUUUUGUUUAUUUUUGGAAUUGCAAUGAGGCUGAUAUGCCACUGCUCUGUACUUGCUAGAAUUCUGGAUUGUUUUUAAUAAAAGCAGAGACGGUUCUUAUGCCA